AUGAUGCACACGGCAACCCUCAGCCUCCUCCUGGCAUCUGCAGUUGCUCUUUGCAGCACUGCUUCCAUUCUAGAUAAUGGCAUGCCCGUCAUGUGGGCCCAAGCGUCCACCCAAAUGACUGACCUGCCAAUGAAAGAUGGCGUUGUGACCCCUGACCCCUGGAUCGCCCUUAACCGUAUGAGUUUUUUCCGGCUGAUGGUCAAUGCUACAACACCGUUUCUGUCAUGCAUGGGGACAAAUGCCACAGACGGUCCAAUGUGGGGACUGAUACUGCAGAUUGCAUGGAUGAAAACCUCAGGGCGUUACGCUGAUCCAACCGGUGCUACAACCUGCGGCCUGAAGACAGGAGACACCAUGUGUAUUUCUCCUCAGAGCUGGUGGUCCUGUGUGAACUACUUUGUCUCUGUUCUGCCCUUCCUGUCUGCUGCGAAGAAUGGCUUCCUGGGAGAAAACGUUAAGGUCCAGAUGCAGGCACAUAAAAGUGUUGAAGGCUACUGCACAACAUACACUGACUGUGCAGCUGCCUACCCUGACGCCAUGACUAAGUGGGAUGCCUUUUUCCAGGGUCUCAAGGCAACUCAUAAUCCUCCUCUCUCUGACGCUGAGAAGAAAGACACUCUCCUCGGUCUCUACUGGGAGGCCCAAAUGGCUUCACUACAUGCCUCUGCAGCAUGCAAGGACAAGCAGAGCCACUUCUCCCCUGCAGAGCAGUCGUUUGCAAACAGCUGGCUUAACAACGCUGAGUACAUUUCUGCAGCACAUUUCCACUCCAGUCUGACCAAAGCUGCGAUGUAUAUUGUCCCUCUCCCAAGCCGUGUGUUAAAGGCGGGCGACAAUGCGCCUUACAUAGCAGAUUUGACUGACGACGAGAACCGCACACUGGCUACCUCCUACUGGAUCAAUUACAUUGACUCUAUAAUGGGUGGGUCACUGGUGAGUUCGUGGAAAAAGGCCAUGUGUUCAAUGGAAACAAGGGAGAAAGGAAGAGAGAUGAUGGAGCAGCUCCAAAUCAAUCCCAGCUACGGUACAAGCACCUUCGUGUCCAUCGUGACUGGAAUGAGUGGCUGCUGA